AUGACACUAGGCUUGCCACAGGGGAGUAUUUUGGGCCCUCUGUUAUUCUUAGUUUAUGUGAAUGACUUGCCAAAUGUCACUGACAAUAGAUGUGUUAUGUUUGCUGAUGAUGCAACUAUCUUUAUACCCGAUACUCAAAUGAAUUUUGAAAAUAACAUAAAUAAAAGCUUAAAUAUAGCAGUCGAAUGGCUUAAUAAAUUUAAUUUAAACGUAAAUCUAACAAAAACUAAAAUUAUUCAAUUCAUAAAUAACAAAACAAAAUCUUUAAAUUUAAAUAUUGCAGAUAAAGACACCCAAAUAGAAACAGUUGAUAACAUUAAUUUUCUUGGAGUCACCAUAGACUGUCAUUUAAACUGGAAAUCCCACAUUGAAAAAAUAAACAAAAAAAUAUCUAGCUAUAGUUACGCAUUAUCCAUAUUAGCAGAAACAACUUCCGUUGAUGUAUCAAGGGCUGCAUACUUCGGCCAGGUAUACCCUCUAUUAGUUUACGGCAUUAUUUUCUGGGGUAAUUCUACAAACGUGCAGUCAACAUUUAUUCUACAAAAGCGAUGUCUGCGGAUCAUUUAUAAUAUGUACUCAGACGAAACUCUAAGAAAUGUAUUCAAAGAAAAAGGCUAUCUCACUCUUACUAAUAUUUACAUUUUAGAAAUUUAA